AUGAAGAAGUCAGAGACUUGUUCCACUACUCCCUGCAGUCAAACCAUUGCUGCGGCUGGGACAGAUCUACUGCUGUACCAUGUCCAAGGUGCCCUCUGCUCACCAGGCUUCCCCGAGACGCGACCGAGGCAGCACCUUUUUUUGAAGCCUGUCCCGCGCUUGACCCGCGGUCCUCAUGAAUCGUCCCCAUACACUCGUCUGGCCAUGAUUGCAGAAUCCCAGCUGGUCGGUGCGGCAUGGUCUAUGCAAGACGUUCGGCAUUGGAGCCUCUUUGUCAAAGUCCUGAUCAACAAAUGCGGGCACAAAACCAAAGAAUGGCCUGAUCUGGCCAUGUGGUGUGUUCAGGCACGUUUUGCAACAGAUGCAAGGCCGCUGUCUCAAAUCCUCCAGCCAGCGGUAUCCCCAACGUUCGAGUUUGUCACGCAUCUGAGGCUCCAUGACGGCUUUGAGUGUCCGGUGCGAGACAUUGUGUCUCUUACCGCAAUGGUCAACCUCGGAGUUCUCGAGAUAAUUCAGCCGCUCGGCCAGCCGAAUCAUGUAGAGUUCCCUCGCGUCACCGAUGCUGUGGUUCGUGAAUGGGCCAGCAUGAAGAACCCUUUUCCUCUGCUGCGCAUUCUUCGCAUCUGGGGCGAGGACUUCACCAGCUAUCGUUCGCUGCAGUACCUCUCGAGCUUUCCGUCACUCGCAGUCUACGAUGUUGCUGGUCAUCGAGAUGACUGGCCGAAGGCAACAGAAGUGCCAAUAUCCUGGACUAUGAAACGCCAUGCCUCGUCCAGCCGGGCACUGGAGGAGCUCGUACAUAUUUACAAAGGUCUAGACAAAACAACGGCACACCUCGUCACCGAGGAGCAAAUGCGCCUCAGAAUUUGUGCGCAAGUUAUGACACUUGGCACAUCAAAUACGCUGCCAAUCGAGAUGGAUAAAAAGAUCGAGCUUGGGAAGCGGAAGCUGUCAGUCGUAUCAUCACAUCUUGGUGCCAGCAUUACUCCUCAGGAACCAAGUGACGAGAGACUGGAUAGAUUUUGGGGUUUAUUGACUUAUUGCCAUAUUGGCGAAGUCUCAAAGGAUGCAGAUUUCAUGCAGGCAGGCCUUAGUGCACCUUUCCCGCGCCCACACAUCGGAGCGUUGAAGCUGCCUUCACGGCCUGUGGUCACCAUCAGAUCUGUCCAUGGUGCCCGGAACUCCUACCAGUAUCGCAGCCUGACAGAUCCCAGCAAGUUUGCACGUCACUGUACGUUUACGCGAAGCCAACAAAUGCCAAAAGCUCAGCCCACAGCUUCCCCAUCUUCGACGAGUCGGCGUGACGGGGAGAACGUGUUGGAGCAUUCCGUGCGGCCUAGAAGACCCGAUCAAGAACUCAACGUUAGCAAAGGACGGAAACUGCGAAGAAAAGCAAACAUAUCUCUCCAAGACUUCAUGUAAUGUGCGAACAAAUUUUGCAUGCAGCUUGGUAUGUGAGCAUUUGGGCGAGAAGCUCAUCAGUUUAUGUUGGCCAACAUUCUUUUUUAGGCGAACUGUGGGAA